UGACCUUGUUUGUUGAAUUGAUUUGAAUUUAGUGUUUGGUGUGUGGUGUUUUGUAUUUUACAAUUUUUCUGUUUUUUUUGGGAAUUUAUUCAAUUCGUCCAAUCAUUUUUCAACCAAAGCUUUCAGCCGUUUGUCCAAUUGACAACGACGACGAUAACAAACGAUCAUCUGAUCAAAAAUCUUGUCCAUUCAGUGAUAAUAAUAAUUCGAAAUCGAAUACUAGAAGAAUGCCAAAUAUUAAAGUUUUUAGUGGAUCAUCACAUCAAGAUUUAGCUAAAAAAACUGUCGAUCGUUUGGGUAUUGAUCUUGGAAAGGCAGUGUUGAAAAAAUUUAGCAAUCAAGAAACAUGUGUUGAAAUUGGUGAAUCAGUUCGUGGUGAAGAUGUUUACAUCAUACAAUCAGGAUGUGGUGAAGUGAAUGAUAAUCUUAUGGAAUUAUUAAUUAUGAUUAAUGCAUGUAAAAUAGCAUCAGCAUCAAGAGUAACGGCUGUUAUACCAUGUUUUCCAUAUGCACGACAAGAUAAAAAAGAUAAGUCACGAGCACCAAUCAGUGCUAAAUUGGUUGCCAAUAUGCUUUCGGUUGCUGGUGCUGAUCAUAUUAUUACAAUGGAUUUACAUGCAUCACAAAUUCAAGGAUUUUUCGAUAUACCUGUUGAUAAUCUUUAUGCUGAACCAGCUGUAUUGAAAUGGAUUAAGGAAAAUAUUCCUGAAUGGAAAUCAUGUGUUAUUGUAUCACCUGAUGCUGGUGGAGCUAAACGUGUAACAUCAAUAGCCGAUCGUUUAAAUGUUGAUUUUGCUCUGAUUCAUAAAGAAAGAAAACGUGCCAAUGAAGUUGCAUCAAUGGUAUUGGUUGGUGAUGUUAUGGAACGAACAGCAAUUUUAGUUGAUGAUAUGGCCGAUACAUGUGGUACAAUCUGUCAUGCUGCUGAAAAAUUAAAAGAAGCUGGUGCAUCAAAAGUUUAUGCCAUAUUAACACAUGGAAUAUUUAGUGGACCGGCCAUUCAACGUAUUGAAGCAGCACCAUUAGAAGCAUUGGUUGUUACAAAUACAAUUCCUCAGGAAAAAAAUAUGCGUGAUUGUACAAAAAUUCAGUGCAUUGAUAUAUCACAUUUUAUUGCCGAAGCUAUACGUCGUAUACAUAAUUGUGAAAGUAUUGGAUCAUUAUUUCAGGAGGUACCGUUUUGAAAAUAUGGAUGGAAAAUUUCAAAAAAUUUCAAAAAUCACCCCUGCAGCCAAACAAAACGCGCACAAUCUUAAAUGGGAA